AUGCGACCUCUUCUUGGGUCUACGAUCUUCUUUUGGACAGCAUGUUUGUCCGCGGCCGAGCAAGGCCAGAAGCCAUUCGUCCCAAACCUCGAUUUGGAAAUCAAAAAAGGGCCAAAUGAAAAAUUCUACCAGGCCCAGAUCACGGACGCUGACUAUCUUCAAAUGUAUAAUAAAUGGGUUGACACUGGCUUAAGCUCGCUGUUUUCGGCGGUGGCGCAGAAAAAGUAAGACUUGGGGAAGCAGUAAUAGAGCUGUGGUACAUUUAAGACGACAAUUCUUCAUAAAAUUGUCCAUAUUAUUUCCAGGCUGAAACGUCAACGCCGCUCCACAGCCAAGAAGUUUGGCAAGUGCUCAUCAGAGGCCACCACAAUCACCAAGCAUGCCAAGUGCUUAUCCAAGCUGUUAAAAAACGAGAUGCAACCCGAAGUUAUCAGCAAGCCAAAGAAAGGCGCGAGACUUGAGAAAUAUCGCUCUAAAACCGCCGAACUUGGUUGGGAUGGAGGCUUUCGAACUCGAACAGAACGAAGGCAGCGCUCGCCGAAGGUCACCCAGACCAAUAGCUAUCGGUUGAGCAGCAACAGAGGCCAGUUAACUCCACUAGGGUCAAUUGCGAAAGUUCUGCUGGAGACAGUGAAGAAUGCCAAAAAUAAAACCGAAGUUCCGGGCUGGCAAGAUACCGUGAGCAAGCUGAGAAAGAAUGGGGACAAAAGAAAGAGGUAUAAAAAGCUUAUCGAAGACGACAGUGAGGAAAAUAUGAACCAGAUGGCGCUCAGAGGCCUCAAGGAGAAGAUGCUGGGUGCUGAUGGAAAACAGACGGUUGAGGAUGUGGAUCUGGAGGAGUUGAUGAAGGAUCCACAGAAGUUGAAAGAGUUUGUUAACGCGCAUAAAAAGAAAAGGAAGCCAGAAGAAAGAGUUGUCGAUACUAUCCGUGACGCGAUGAAGUUGGUGUAUUCGAUAGCUGGAAAGGACACAACCAACUUUGAUAACAGAACAUUGAAAUUGGUUUCGCCGAGGUUCUUAGGGGUUGUGCCGGAGGAAGCACAGGAUGAUGAGGUAAGGCAUUAACCAAAGGAAUAUCUCUGGGAAAAAACGAUACCGCAACGGACCUGAUCCAGUGGCAAAAAACGUAUAAAUUUGCAUCUGGAAAGUAUCAAAAAUGUAGCAAAAUGCCUCCCUCUCCAAAUAGAAAAGCUAAGUUUUGAAGGGUCCUUUCCCUUACAAAAAGAGCGCUUUUGAAAUCGGAGUUUUUUCACUUGGAGAAGGAGGCAUUUUGCUACAUUUUUUGGCCCUUCCCGGAUGCAAAAUGGCACCUUUUCUGACAAUGAUUCAAGUCCGCCAUUGUAAUCUACAUUUCAGAUUAACCUAAUCUCCCCGUCACUCUUCUCCCUUCACAACGAAGGAGUUGGCGUGGAAAAUCUCACCAGCCUGCCCAAUCUCCUGAAACACGCUGGCCUGCAAGACCAACAAAUAUGGCUGGACGUUAUCAUGGAAGCAGCUGGAGUCAACGAAGAAGCCGAGAAGUUGGACGGAGAAAUAAAGGAAUAUGAAAUCACACAGACUCGGAAUUUGAUGACAAACGUCUCAUCAAUGAUUGACGAGCACGGUACUCCGUUGUAUGCCACAAAGGAGAACAUCACUGAACUUGGCGGAGAUGUGGCUCCAGUCGAGCUCUUCGAAAAACUUCAUUUGUCUUAUACGAAAGAUCAGGUGAGAAUAGAUCAAAGAUUAGUUGACGAAAAAAAUCAUCAAAAAAAUAUAUUGCACGCCUUUCAGCUCCGCGAAAUGAACUCCACUGGUUACGCCGUCCUCAACAACGAUCAAUUGCAACUUCUCUAUGGCGAGCACUCCCCCAUGAACAACUCCAAAGCCUUGGAAAAGUUCAAAAAUUUGACGGAAGACGAGAUCCAUCAUCACAUGCACAAUAAUAUCCAUGAAAUGGCAGAGAUGAAGAAAUUCGAGGUCAAACAAAGGGACAUAGUCCUAUCACCCGUCUCGUUCUUCCCAGUAAUUGCUAUGCCUGCUACUGCGUCUCAAGCUUUUGUUUUGUCACCCAUCAUCUUUACCCCGCUAAUUCUGUCCCCAUCAGUUUUUGGCGCCGUCGUAUUGUCGCCAUGGAUGUUUGUCCCGCUAGUUCUGUCUCCUCGUGUCUUAGGAGCAUUAGUCCUAUCGCCCUUUAUCUUCGCUCCCAUUAUCCUAACCCCGCUCGCAGUCCACCCGGCUAUCUUGUCACCAGGUGUCUUCAAUCCGCUAGUGUUGAGUCCUCUCGUUUUGGUCCCAUUUAUCUUAUCGCCUCAAGUCUUCACCCCUCUAAUUCUGUCGCCACUGUGUUUAUCCCCACUUAUUCUGAAUCCUAUGGUGGGCUCACCUUUAGUGCUGUCGCCGUUUGUGCUCUCGCCCAUCAUCGCCUCGCCCAUGGCGUUGGGUGCGUUGGUCUUGAGUCCAUACGCGUUGUCGCCAGUUAUUUGGAGUCCGCUGAUCGCUUUCGCGGCUAUUUUGUCGCCAAGUUGGUUGAGUUAA